CAUAGUAUAUUCUAAAAUUCCUGAAAGAUUUCAAGAAGUUAGAGAUUCUAUUAUAAACUAUUUCCAAAAGCAGAUCAAUAAACAUAGGCAACUACAACAUAAAACUCAAAUACUCACUUCUAUUUUAGCACUUACAAAUACACUUCAACCUUUUACUGGUACUUCAGGAACUACACUACCUUUAGCUUCUUCAAGUACUAUUGAGUCAAAUAUGACUUUAACAGUAGAACAAUUAAAAGAGUUCCUUAAAAAAGUAACCGAUGGAUUUAAAGAAACUGCUCAAUUCAUAAAAUUUGAAAUGCAUGAGAAAAUCGUUAUGUUGGUUGCAUUAGACAAUACUAAUGUCUUAGCUGACAUCAUGAAAAAUGCAGCUAAAAUUGAAGCAGGAAGAUACUAUAUCAAGAAAAAAAAGGAAAGAAAUUUACCCACUAGUCAAAAUAUAGAAACCAAACUUGAUGGAUAG